AUGGAUUCGCCUAAAAAACCGGAUAGUCCGCCUGUCAACAUAAUGCAGCGACUUGCAGCAAUUCGUGCGGCUAACGAGCUCAAGCUAGCCGACAACGCUGCCUUGCCCGCCAAGACUGGUCCUCCUGCGAAGACUUUCACGCACAGAACAGCCUCCCUGUCUACAAAGCCUUUCUCAACUGGAAUGACCAGUGCUCCUGCGCAGUGCACACCUGGAAAGACUACCCCAUCUGCAAAGCUUUCAAUGGCUGGAAAAAAUGUCCCGUGUGGAGGACCUGGAGGGCGAGGACGACGAGAAAAGGUUCCACCUGGCAACGCAGAUAGCACUCCAACGCAAAAUUCUCGAGCAGCUGAAGCGUCGCUCCGAGAAUCGCCACGGACUCCAGUUACAGUGGCAGCCAGCGUAAGAGGCGGCUUGGAUACUGAGCUUGAUCCUACAGUAAAGGCUGAGGAUGCACAGGAUAGUCUGCAUGAAGUAGCUGUUUUCCCGGGAAAGCUUCACUCUAGAGGAGUGAUUAAAUCGCAUGGAAACACUCCUAUACGUGGAAAGCUAUCCUCUGCACCUAAUGACGGAAAGCCUGCAAAAUUGGACAACUUACAUAUGAGCGAACGAGGCCGUAUCGUUGGGACUGGGGUGUCUCUCAGAAAUCCACCAAUUGUCAUGAUUGACCAUAGUGGACGGACUGUUCCUGAUCAAGCCCGACCCCGUCUAUCUCAAUCAUCGCUGAAUGACACUCCAUCGCCUCUAGCUAAAGUUAAGAUGCUGCCCCAGGAAACUUCAUUGGCUACUUCGGUGGCUGGGGCCAUCGCACGUAUCAAUGUGCUAUCAGGGCAUUCCACUCAGCACGGCUCAACUCCAUCCGGAAACACUCUUGCUCGUGACUUGAAUUCAGCAACUAUUGCUGUUGAUUCGAAUGGACCAUCUACUCCCGGUGCACCUGCUGAUAGGGGCAACACCCCUGAUCCUGAGAGCCCUCCUAAGUAUCUAACAUCAAGUGAAGCGAUUGCAGGCUCGGCCUCAUGUGUAGGAGGAAAUGAAUCGACAAAGGCGGGGAAGGCGAGUACGGCGGCAACUCAAGCAAAGGUCAAGGUUGGAACCAGAAAGACUCUCUAUCAUGCCACUGAGACUCUGCCUAUUACUGAUGCCGGGCAUACAUUUAUCAUCAAUUUUCAGAAAAUGAUCGACAAUCAUAACACAUCUAUGGACAUGUUCCAAGAACAAGCCGGCACUUUGCAUCGCAACGUUCAUUCGCAGAUGGAAUGGAUUGUAGAUCCAAAGUACAAGAUUACCAACGCAGCUGAGAAUCUGGCAAGCAUCGAAACUAUUAUCGUGACUGUCACAUCUAUGAUUCAACUCAUCAUGGCCGCGCAGGAGGGAAUCCAUCGUUUCAUGAUCGAUCUGUCUGAAUUUUUGGGAGACUCUCGUCCCCCUCCUAACUUUGAGCAAGUAGUGAAAAACUUCAACCAUAGCUGCAUGAAAGAUGCCAUGGUUUUGCAGACUUUGCGCAUCCUUCAGACAAGUCUCCUCAAUGCUCGCGGUCGUCUAUCUGGUUAUCUCGAGGGUGGCAAGAAGACCACCGUCGGUUAG